AUGGUAGACGUCGCCGGUCAGGAUGCUACCGAUGAGUUUGAAGACAUUGGGCACUCAAAUGAUGCACGCAUGCAACUUAAGCUUUACGAAAUUGGAAAAAUUAAGGGUGAUGUCAAGAAGGAGGCAAUGGCCACUGCCACUAGCACAAGCGGCUCUAAGGUCUCGGCUGGCGGUCGACAGGAUAUCAGUGACCGAAAUGGCCCAAUACCGCCGUAG